UUUUCUCCCAACAUUCUACUAAAACGAGAAGCAACAUACAAUACGCUCAUUUGUCGUGUGUAAAAGUUCGAAACAAAUUUUAAUAAUCAUAAUAAAUAUUCAGUUUGAUCAAAGAUUAAUCUUUGUUUGUGCAUUUACUCAUUGAAUCGUAUUCGUGAAGAAGAGAAAAAAAAAAGAUUCGUAAAAAUGCCAGCGGAAAAUCUCGAAGAACAAGGUUUGGAGAAGAACCCAAACUUGGAAUUGGCUCAAACGAAGUUUCUGUUGACAUUGGCCGAAUACAAAGGCGACAAAUCGUUGCUGGAGAAAUUGAUGAACAGCAUCAAAGCGGAUAAUAUGGCACCAUGGUAUGAGCAAGUAUGCCAAGAUUUGGGCUGGCCCGUUGAUCAAACGCUAUUGAAUAACAUGAAAAAGGCCAAUACACAAAAGUUGGAAGAAUUGGAUGCGGCCAUCGAAGAUGCUGAAAAGAAUUUGGGCGAAGGUGAGGUACGCGAAGCAAAUCUCAAGAAAUCGGAAUAUCUCAGCAGCAUCGGUGACAAAGAAGCAGCUGUAUCGGCAUUUAGGAAAACAUACGAAAAGACCGUAUCGCUUGGUCAUCGUUUGGAUAUUGUGUUUCACAACAUACGAUUGGGAUUGUUCUAUUUGGACCACGAUCUCAUCACACGGAACAUUGAAAAGGCAAAAACAUUGAUCGAAGAGGGCGGCGAUUGGGAUCGACGCAAUCGAUUGAAGGUUUAUCAAGGCGUUUACAGCAUCGCAAUUCGUGAUUUUAAAAGUGCGGCCACUUUCUUUUUGGAUACGGUUAGCACAUUUACAUCGUAUGAAUUGAUGGACUAUGUUACAUUUGUGCGGUACACCGUUUAUGUUGCAAUCAUCAGCCUACCACGAAAUGAAUUGCGUGACAAAGUGAUCAAAGGUGCUGAAAUCCAAGAAGUUUUACACUCAUUGCCAACGGUUAAGGCAUACUUGUUCUCAUUGUAUGAUUGUCAAUAUGCUGAUUUCUUUAAGGAAUUGUCGAAAGUUGAGAUGGAACUACGUCAAGAUUAUUUGGCUCAUCCACACUAUCGUUUUUAUACGCGUGAAAUGAGAAUCAUUGCGUAUACACAACUUCUUGAUUCAUAUCGUUCACUAACAUUGGAAUAUAUGGCCGAAACUUUUGGCGUAUCAAUCGAUUACAUUGAUGCUGAACUCUCUCGAUUCAUUGCAGCUGGCCGUUUACAUUGCAAAGUCGAUCGUGUUGGCAAAAUUGUCGAAACAAAUCGUCCGGACAACAAGAAUUGGCAGUAUCAAUCGACAAUCAAACAGGGCGAUUUACUCUUGAAUCGCAUCCAAAAACUUAGCCGAGUCAUCAAUAUUUAAAUGUAACUUAUAAAAUCCGAAGGAAUAUUUUUUUUUGAUAUAAAACACAUGCAUUGAAAAUUUAUAUACUAAUAUCUUUAAGCACAUCGCGUUAAAGACUUUAAAUGCCUUUGGUCAAACAAAAAAAUUUCAACAUCAAAUAAAUGAAUAAAAUUGUUUUGAAAGUAAUUCACAUAACCC